GCCCAGGAAUUCCUGCGCGAGGGGGGCGGGCUAAGGGAGGGACCUUCUCGUGCCCGCCGCGGAGACCUGGGGGCCGAGCCCGGCCCGAGCUGCGCGUGCGGGAGCGAGCCCCCUCUGCAGGCUGCGGCCCCGGCGCGCAGGGCGAUGUCGGUGACGUUUGAGGAUGUGGCCAUGUAUUUCUCCCCAGCGGAGUGGGCGCUGCUGGGCAAGGAGCAAAGGCAACUUUACAAACACGUUAUGUGGGAAAAUUACCAGACUCUGGUCUCGUUAGGAAUCCAAACCCGCAAGCCAGUGGUGAUCUCCAGCAUAGAGCAAGGGGAAGAACUGUAUGUCCACUGUUCCACAGAAGAUGGAGAUGGGGACAUCCUAAAUGGCACCCGCCCAGGUUUUCCAGAUGCAGAGGAGACCUGGGACUGGUCAGCAAUUGAAAGCUCCUUGGGCUUCUUCCUCACACAAAGCUCUUCCCCUGGAGCAGCAGGGGCGAAGACCCAGAGCAGGGCUGAGGGGCAGACUCCUGAGGAAGUGCCUGGGAACCUGAAGCAACCCAGGCCUUUCCCAGCGACAUCAGGGAAGAACCAUUCCAAGAAAUCUGCGUGGGAAAGGCCACAAAGGCAGUGGAAGAACCUGACCAGGAAGGAGCCAGCAACCCCAAAAAGCCAUCAGAGGAGAUCCAGGCCACAUCUAAAGCCUCCUGCAGAGGGUCAUUCUGAGCCCAGAAAGAGCCUAUAUACCUGCCGUGUGUGCAGGGAAGAAUUCAAGGUGCAGAGAGACCUGAUAAGCCACCACUGGAUGGUUCAUAGGAGACAUAAAUUGUAUCACUGUAGUGAGUGUGGGGAGAGCUUCAGAAGAAAGAAAGCAUUCAAAGCACAUGGGAAAAUCCACAGAAAGGAGAGUGCCCAUCCCUGUUCUGAGUGUGGAAAAAUAUUCAACCGGGCAUCCCAUCUCAUUGCCCACCAGAGAAUCCACACCGGCGAGAGACCCUAUCACUGUGCUGAGUGUGGAAAAAGAUUCUUCCAAAUAUCAGCUCUUACCAUGCACAAGAGAAUCCACUCAGGAGAGAGGCCCUAUGCUUGCGCUGAGUGCGGGAAGUGCUUUAUGUAUUCGUCCACCCUUAACAGACACCAGAGAAUCCACUCAGAAAAGCGGCCCCAUUGCUGUAACCAGUGUGGGAAAGGCUUCAAACUUACAUCGAGUCUUACUAGACACCUGAGAAUCCACAGUGGAGAGAGACCCUUCCUGUGCCAUGAGUGUGGGAAGAGAUUCAACUUACAAGAACAUCUCAUUAGACACCAGACAAUACACACUGGGGAGCGACCCCAUCGCUGCGCUGAGUGCGGGAAAAGUUUCAGUCUCCUUCAAAGUCUCCGGAGACACCAGAGAAUCCACAGGGGGGGGACCCCUCAUAACUGCGCCGAGUGCGGGAAAACAUUCAGUAGUCUGGAAAAUCUCACUAGACACCAGCGAGUCCACACGGGGGAGAAACUCCAUCGCUGCGCUGACUGUGGGAAAGGCUUUGUCCGUCUGCAUCAUCUCACUAGCCACCAGAGGAUCCACACUGGGGAGAGACCCCAUUGCUGCACUGAGUGCGGGAAAAGAUUCACCCAGUUGUCAGGCCUCACCACCCACCUGAGAAUCCACACGGGAGAGCGACCCUAUCCCUGCCCUCAGUGUGAGAAGCGCUUUGCUCACUCGUUGUCUCUUGCUAAACACCAGCGAACCCAUGGGGUGGGGACUCCUGACCCUUGAGUUUGAUGGGGGGGGGGGAACCUCUGCCCGCUCUCAUCUCGCCCUUCUCCCCACAGCCAGUGCACAGAAGGGAGACCCUUCCUCCCACCUCCCCGUUAACCAGGUACUAGAUUAGAGUUUUAUUAGAAUGGUUUGUAUAGCCCCCAGGAUGGGAGUGUGAACCGAGCAGCCACCUAAACAUCCCCCGUGAGCGUUAUGGGCUGCAGCUGGACAGAGGAGAUGGCAGGUGUCAGGGCUGCACUUUGGAGGCCCUGGUUUCUGCCAGGCCAUGCACUCAGCUCCUCUCGGCUGGAAUGGAUUGUUUUAUUAUGGACAAUGAAAAAUAGGCAACAUUUCUGGUAGAGACUGAAGAGAAGUUUCCUUUUUAGUAACCAAAGUUUCCUUUCCUUUUUAGUAACCAAAAGGCUGCGGUGCCCCAUCCGUGCCCCUCACUGCAUUGAUCACAGGGAAGGGGGGGAGGGGAUGAGGGACUGAUACAUUACAGGGGUCAGACAGCUGCUGCCUGUUAAAAGGCUCUUUUUCUGAAUAACUUGAGUCUCAGUUUCUGGGGGAGGAAAGGGCACUUAAUGUUACUAACACUGAGAUAUCUGUAGGGCACAGCCCUGAUCCCCAGCAGCAAGGAGUAGUGGGGCGUUGUCUCUUGGCACCUUCUGGGGCUGAGACUCAUGGUUUCUGCUAGUUGUAAGUGUUCUCUGCAAACAUCCCUUGGAGUCACAGGACCUGCCCAGAGCGUGCCAUGGGUAUGAAAUGGCCCGGGGUAGCGUGGGAGGGACAGAUCUGGGAUCCUGUGUGGAAGAGGGCAAUUGGGAGAGUGGUGCUUCAGAAAAGAGAGUGAAUCACAGAUACCAGUCCCAAAAGCACUCAGCAGCAGCCCCUGGCCAGUGUCUCCCUGUUUCCCAGGCCCAGUGGGCCUCUGAGGUCCUGUCUCUGACUGGCAUAUCUCACCAUCCCCUUCAGACACAGAGGGAGCUCUCAUUGCAAGGGGGCAGGAGUCUGUGAACACCCGCUGGCCGCAAGGAACAUUCUGCACAGGGGGACGGUUGGGUGAGAUUGAACAACCCAUCUUGGGGAGCAUGUCAGUCUGUCCAGUGAUUUAAGAGGACGUUGCCCCUUUUCAACCUGAGCGGAUAGUCAAAAUUUGGGGCUCUGGGGAUGUUCCAUUUAGAAGCAGAAAUUGGUGAUAGUUGGUAUUUCUUUGAUGCAGCUUCAUUUAUUUAUAAAGAACGUACCAAGUCCUGUGUCUCUGAACGCAGAAGGAACCAAGAACAAAAGGAGCCGUUUCUUAGCAUACAGGCCCCAAGACUCUUCAGCCAACACUGGACCCAAAAGCUCUGUCUAGCCUUUUCCAAGGUCACACUGUACUUACAGCCUCCUGCUUGGCUUUUCUGCCUCUUUCUCUGCCCGCCUCUCGUGUGACCUCAGUAUCUGUGUGUUUUCUCACACUCCCACAAACCAAAAUGUUUCAGUUCCGGUUCAGAUGUUUUAGCAAGCACCAGGAUAUCAUCUAGGUAUAAUGGCCUAUGAUGGUUGAGGAUAUUUCAGUUUUCCCAGAGGUGGUUCUGGAUUUAACUGAAACCCAAAAAGGAAGUGUUCCUAAGCUCGUGUGUGGUAACCUGCAUACUGCCAGUGAGGAAAGCUGCAGAAGGAGGGUGAAAUGUAGCAGAUUGCCUGAAAGGGGGUUAUGUGAAAAUCCUCUUAAUGUUCCAGGGAUGAUUCUGGGUGCAAGUGAAAAUCGGAAGGAGUUUGUUGUGGCUCCAUAGAGAAACGCUUCUGUAGAGCAGAAAAAAGCGGGGUUGUUGCUUAGAGAAGCUCCUAGGGAGAAGAUUCCUCAUGGUAGUUUUUCCAAACAGUUUGCUGCCACUGAUGGGUGUAAAAGUGAUUUGAGUGAGUUAACUGAGGGUGAAUCACUAUAUAGAGAAAGCAACAGUUUGUUUGGGAGACUGGUUUCAGUUCCUAACUGCCAGCGUCUUUCUGAGGUGUCUACAUCCACUGACUUUGCUUUAGAAAGAUCCAGAGUGGAUAGCCUAGAGGAGGUUUCAGAUUGGGGGUCGGGGCGGGGGAAUUGUUAGAGAAAUUGAACAGCCCUGUAGCCAAGUGUCUGGGCUUGGCCAGCAUGUUCCCCAUGCUGGUUCUUUGAGUAAGCAGUCUGUGCCUUGAGGUCUGAGGAAAGAUUGGGUUACUGGUUUUUCAGAGCAGAACAGCCUUAUGACUGAACCCAAAGGAUACCAGGGAGAGCAGGCAAACUCUCACCCUGAGACACUUUGGAUUUGUUUGGUAUCUCUUUAAAACAGAGUCCAGUCUCUAAGCUGGUGGUGGAUCCACAAGCAAGCAUGCAGGAGAGUGUCUGUGUAGAUGUUCAUAGCACAGAGGGGCUGCAGUUGGUGAACACACCUAGCCAGCAAAGGGAUCCCUGUAAGCAGGGAGGUGCAGUUUUCAACCUUCUAGGAGAAAGGGGGGGAAGGACCCAAUCCUCCUGAGGGGAAGAAUGAGUGUCCAGCCUUGAAAUUGGAAGCAGAUGAGAAUUUGUAUCGACCCAGACACUAGGUUUCAAUCUACCUGGCUAAAAAGGGACAGGGAAGAUUUGCCCAUAGCUGGUAGCACUGAGGACACACCUGGCCAGGCAAGGGAUUCAGUGAAACAAGAGGCAUGGUAGGACCAAGAUACUUAUAAACACUGACUUGUAACAAAUUUGGUGCUACUGUUAAGGUUUAGCCUUCUGAUGUAUUUGAUUUUGAUGUCAACCAUGGUAAAAAGGUGCAAUGUGUACAACUUUGA